AUGGAGGAGCGACAAGCACGACUACCUGUUCGAAAUGUUCCUGGCCUUACUCUUCAAGCCAUGUUAAGUGAGGUGGAAGAACAACAGAAUCGAGGCCAAAGAGUUCAAAGACGAGAAGAUGAUGAUCUCAAGAAUAUAAAGUUGUCAAUACCGCCUUUUCAAGGAAAAUCUAACCCUGAGGCGUAUCUAGAGUGGGAGAAAAAGAUUGAAUUGGUAUUUGAUUGCCAUAACUAUUCUGAGAAUAAGAAGGUCAAACUAGCCGCAAUCGAGUUUUCUGAUUACUCGAUGAUCUGGUGGGAUCAAUUCACAACUAGUCGAAGGCGCAACGGACAAAGGCCUAUUACCACCUGGGCUGAAAUGAAAGCGGCAAUGCGACGGCAGUUCAUUCCUUCGUAUUAUCAUCGAGAACUUCAUCAAAAACUUCAAAAUCUUUCUCAAGGAACUAAAAGUGUAAAAGAUUAUUACAAGGAAAUGGAGGUGGCGAUGAUUCGUGCGAAUGUGCAAGAAGACCGCGAGGCAACGAUGGCUCGUUUUCUAGCUGGACUCAAUCGUGAUAUUGCUAACGUAGUCGAACUUCAACAUUAUAUUGAGGUGACGGACAUGGUACACAUGGCCAUCAAAGUGGAAAAACAAAUGAAGCGAAAAGGUGUUACUCGAGGUUAUUCCAUCAAACCGAACAAAGGAGUCCACGAUGAUGCCCAAAACAAACAAGCCAUUGGCCGAAUCAAGCAAAGGAAAAGCCAUUGA